AUGAGCUUCAGCUGCCGUGCCUGUAAAUCCAGCUUGUGCUGCCCUGUGCAGUUCAAUCCAUGUGAUCCAGGCAGCAUUUUCUCUGUGUUCCAGGAACACGAGUAACGCAUUUCAAAGUGAACAGGGACUCUGUCCACGGUGUUAGUGCUAGUCCCCAGUUCGGAAGGGUAUGGAGUGGGUGCUUGGGGUAGAGAAAACUUUCUGAAAUCCGUGAUGCGGGGAGAGCUGGUAAUCAGUAGCUUGCAACUGUUUCUCCCUUGAGGUUUUUAGAACAGCCACUCUCAGGCUUGUCAUGGAAUUAAAGAAAACUACAUCCAGGGUAUACAAUGCUGCUCUCCUGCUGCCAAUUUUCCUCUUAUUUUGGGGAACUUCUUACUCUGAAAAUGAUAGCAGUUGUUCAUCAUCCCCAUGUGAAAAUGGUGGGAGCUGUAAGGAUUUGGAAGUGGGGUACCUGUGCACCUGUCCCAUGCACCCCAUAGCCUAUAUGGGCAUAAACUGUGAACUCCUCUAUGAUGCAUGCACUAAACACGAUUGCCCUGCCCAUAUGAUUUGCAACAAUACUCCAGGACUUCCAGAAUAUGAAUGCGUCUGUAUGCCUGGCUUUACAGGUAUUGAUUGUAGCAUUAAUAUUAAUGAGUGCGAGAGCAACCCUUGUAAAGAUCCUCUUUUCGAAUGUGUAGAUAGUGUAAGUGGAUACGCCUGUAAAUGCCAAACAGGACUGAAUGGAGAGGGCUGCCAAAGCUCUGUGUGCUCUAGCCACAUCUGCCUAAAUAAUGGGACAUGUGUUGAGGGUCCUGGGUACUCUGCCUGCAUCUGCCAACCUGGCUUCACUGGGGCCCACUGCAAAGACAACAUUGAUGAGUGCGCUUCCAACCCGUGCCAGAAUGGAGCCAUCUGCCGAGACAGGGUGAAUGAGUAUAGCUGUUUUUGUGUGCCUGGGUUCCAAGGAUACAACUGUGAAAUAGACAUCAACGAGUGUGCAUCCCGGCCCUGUAAAAACAAUGGCACCUGCCUGAAUGAGAUGGAUCACUAUCUGUGCAAGUGCAUCCCCGGCUACACAGGAAUAAACUGUGAAGCUGAAAUAGAUGAAUGUGAUUCAUACCCUUGUCAGAAUGGGGCCUUGUGCAGUGAUCACAUUGGGUUCUACACCUGCACCUGUAUGCCAGGUUACCAAGGAAUCCAGUGUGAGGUGGACAUCAAUGAAUGUAUAAGCCAGCCAUGCCAGCACAAUGGGACAUGUCAUGACCUCGUGAACAGUUACCGAUGUGACUGCAGUGACACAGGCUUUGAAGGGGACCACUGUGAGUUGGAUAUCCUGGAGUGUGCCUCUGAGCCCUGUCUGAACAAUGCCACGUGUGUUGAAGGAAUCAAGAACUACAGCUGUGCCUGCUGGACAGGUUACACAGGGCAGCGUUGUGAAGAGGAUGUGAAUGAGUGUGCGACAGAUCCCUGUCACAACGGAGGUGUAUGCUUUGAGCGAUCCAACCAGUCCUAUUAUGGGUCACAACCUGACUUCCCCAGUGAUUUCAGCUACAGCCAAGCAGCCGGUUUCCUCUGUUGGUGUCAGCCAGGCUUUGCAGGGGAGACCUGCCUUACUAACAUCAAUGAGUGCGAGUCCCAGCCAUGUCAGAAUGGCGGUCACUGCGUGGACCUUGUUGAUGGCUUUCUUUGUCAUUGUUUACCAGGUUAUUCAGGUGUGGAAUGUGCUGUUAACAUCAAUGAGUGUGAGGAGGGUCCCUGCAAGAAUGGAGCUGUCUGUGAGGAUGGCAUUGCUGACUAUACCUGCCACUGUGCCCCUAGCCAGGAUGGCAUUGUCUGGGGAGGGAAGAACUGCUCUGUCAAGCUCACUGGGUGCCAGACACAUGACUGCCAAAAUGAGGCCUUGUGUAUCCCGACUUACCAAGCUGAGAGCCACGGCCACCUGUGCCAGUGCCAGCCUGGUUUCUAUGAUGCCACAUGCUCAACACCAACAACAUUUUCCUUUGCUUCCAGAGGGUAUCUCCUCAUUGAGCUGCCCGUGAACAAUCAGAGCAGGAGGGAGGUAGCAGGAGAGCAGCUUGCCAGUGUGUCCCUCCGGUUCCGAACCACCUUGCCCAGCGCCAUCCUUUUUUACCGAGGCCAUGAAGCUGAAUACUUGUUCCUGGAGCUCUUUGAUGGCAUUCUGCAUGCAGAACUGAAGAGGCAGGAUGAGUACCUGCUGCGGCUGGAGGGGCUGAGAGUUGAUGAUGGCCACUGGCAUAAAGUUGAAGUUGUUCUGCAGAACACUGUGCAGCUCAAACUCUGGCACGACUCUUGUGAUGCAGGUAUCUGCGUGCAGAGCUCUCCUGUCCCACACAACGCUACUCCGAUCCCACAUGCCUUCCUGAGCAUGUAUAUUGGAGGUGCUGAGGAUCCACUGGCCAACAACACACAGAGUCAGCAGGGCUUUGUUGGCUGCCUGGAAGACUUGCAGGUGGAUGCUGAAGCUGUGCUCCCGGUGGCUCUCCCUGUGAGCGAGGUUUCACCUGUGACACAGGGUUGUGACCGCACUGAGUGGUGCCUCUCCAAGCCCUGCUUUCAUGGCGGGCUGUGUGUGGACCUUUGGACAACGUUCAGGUGUGACUGUUUGAGGCCAUAUGGAGGCCCUGCUUGCUCAUAUGAACACCCAGCAGUAACAUUUGGCCUAGAGAAUUCUACUAGCUUUUCCUCUUUCAUCCUUUCUGAUAGCCUUGGUGCAGACUUCAACAUCUCCUUUUUCAUUCGUAGUCUGAAACCGAAUGGUUUACUAUUGCAAAUCAGCAAUGAAACAGACCCCUGCCUCACUAUAUACUUGAAGAAGGGCAAGCUGAAGAUUGAGAUGUUAUCUACAGAUACUGUGACAUUUCCGGAAAAUUUAGUUGAUGGGAGAAGACAUUUGGUAGCUCUGUCUUUCCAAGGAGGAAUUGUUGGUGUUCACCAACCAGACACGUAUGUGGAGCUGGGACACCUGGUAGGAAGGCCUCUUUUAACUGGCUAUGAAGUGUACAUUGGUGGACGUCCUGACCCAGAAAGCACUGGCCUGUGGGGAGGGUAUUUUAAAGGCUGCUUGCAAGACAUCCAACUGAAUGGCCACAAAAUAGAGUUUUUUCAGGUUGAGAACUACAGUCUGCCAGAUGAACUUAAUAGGACUCAAAAUAUUAAUCUGGUGAAUGGAUGCAUCUCUGAUAACACCUGCAAGUCUGAACCAUGUCAGAAUGGUGGCACAUGUGUUGUCACUUGGAAUGACUUCCAUUGCAGCUGUCCAGCAAAUUUCACUGGGAAGUUUUGUGAAGAGAGAGUCUGGUGUGAAAGUGACCCAUGUCCUGAAGCUACUACCUGUAUAGAUGUUCCAGCAGGAUAUGUGUGUUUGGCUAAUGCAACAUUUAAUAGUUCUGCUGCCAUUGAAUUUACCACCAAUGCAUCUGUGACCAGAACUCUGGGCAGCCUCCUCAUGGAUUUCAGAACCAGAGACAAAGACGCUGUUUUGCUUCGGGCUAUGGAAGAAGUGGACUCCCUGCAGAUAGCUAUUAAGAACUCCUCUUUGCUUGUUGACAUCAGGAGCGGGAAUAAUAUUGAAGGUGUCAGCUUCCUGAGUCAGAAUGCUGUCACGGAUGGCGCCUGGCACACAAUCUCUGUGUCAAUGGAGGAGCCUUCUGCACUGUCUUCCAGAUGGGUGGCUCACUUGGAUGGGUCUGUUAAUAUGACUUUGCAGGGAAAUGCUGGGAACCUGGACUUCUUAAAGAACAAUGCACUGAUUGUUCUAGCUGAAAACUUCACAGGCUGCCUAGGACAAGUGAAGAUAGGAGGGAUCUACCUGCCAUUCACCUCCCAUCUCUCAUAUCCUCAGCCAGAACAGUUCCAGCAGUCCAGCAGAAGAACUGUCCAGUUAGGCUGCACGGGGGCUGAUGUUUGUGCUUCUAGUCCUUGCAGCAAUGCUGGCAUCUGUGAGGACUUGUUCAACUCCUUCAGCUGUGCCUGCAGUGCUGGCUGGGAGGGGCUGCUCUGCGAGUCCAAUAUUGAUGACUGCCAGUCAAGCCCAUGUGUUCAUGGGAACUGCACCGAUAGACUAGCAGAUUUUCAGUGUGACUGCUUCCGGGGAUACAUUGGAAAGAAAUGUGACAUCAAUGUGGAUGACUGUGUGCGGCACCAGUGCCAAAAUGGAGCUACCUGUGUUGAUGGGGUUUAUGGCUACUCCUGCAAGUGCCCAGCGCAGUAUUCAGGACCUCGCUGCGAAUGGCCGUUCCCACCUGAACAGUGUGGUAAGAACUUCACCUGUCUGAAUGGUGGCAAGUGCAUCACUGAGACCUGGGGAGCCAACUGCACUUGCAAGCCAGGUUUCACUGGAAGGAAUUGUCAAAUUAAUAUAAACGAAUGUGAUCCAAACCCUUGCCAGAAUGGAGGUACCUGUCAAGACUCUGAGAACAAAUUCAAGUGCUUGUGCAGUGCCAGCUACGCUGGAGAGCGCUGUGACAUCAACCAGCCUUUGUGGGCACAUCUUAGCAACUCCUCUGUUGUGGGAGCAGCUGGGGCUGCGGGGACUGCCCUUCUCCUUGCAGUUGGUGCAGCCACGGUGAUUGCCAUGAAGAGAAGGCGAGCAACUCAGGGAAGAUACAGUCCAAGCCGGCAAGAAAAGGAUGGUGCUCGAGUGGAAUUGUGGAACGUAAUCAAGCUGCCACCAACAGAGAGGCUGAUAUAAGAACUAGGGUCACAAGUCAUCCUUUAACAAUCAUGGAACUGCUGCAGUUUUCUGUCUUAGGUCUUGAAAUGUGUUGUUGUUUUUUUUUAUAGGACAGAUCUUUUCUUCUUUAAGCUCCUUCACAGGACACAGGUAACUGCCUUCUGUUAACUUGGUAAUAUUCAACUGCUUGAAAGAGCUUGGUUAAGUUAUUACAGCUCAUUCCAUAAAAGCUUUGUAAAAAAUUGGUCUGUGAGCAAGGGCAGUGAAGCCCAGGGAGAAAAAGCAUCCUGGAGGAGCUGCUGGAGGAGAAAUGGUGUCUGUGGCACAGCAGAGAGAGGAUAUUUAGAACCACUAGCAGAAUGCAGUACUGCAGGUCAAUAUGUGAGGUGGUAGGGCCAUGUGACACUGCCAGCCUUACUGACUGCCUCUGUCCCGCAGUCAUCCAAGGGCUCAUCUGCAGUAACUGUCACUGCCUUGCAGUCAAUAUAAACCCCACCACGCAGGUAAGUGAGAAUGUCUAUGGGUGAGGAACAAUCCACAGUAUUAAGAACUUAUUUCAAAAAAACAUGUGCCUGUGCUCCUUCUGUAAAUUCAAGGCUGGUGACUGACUGAUGGAAUAUAAUUCCCAGAGCUGCUGCUGUCCUUCCAUAAUGGGACCAGAGUUAAGUACCACUAUGCUGUAGUAGACACUAAAAUCUUUUCCUAAGAUUAGAGUAAAACAUAGGAAUAUGUUAAGUGCCUUUUUAAGACUGAGUGACCAGUUGCAGAACUACCUUCUGUGAAAUUAGAAUGUUUAUGCGUAUAAAACCUGAUCACUUCUGUGAUCACACUUGACAACAGUACUGAAGUGAGCCUGCUGGACUUUUUCCCCAUCUGUUCCUAGCUAUACUAUCUGCCAUCCACACAGAGCAGACUGUAUUGAGUCAAGAGCUGACAUUACGUAGCAUGACCACACAACAGUCCUUAGUAAGAGAUUCAACAUUUGAACAUUAGAUGAUCCUUGCUUGUCUGAAGAGGGGCAAGGGAGUUGUUUCCAGACUUGUAUCCUUGUGGACAGCCAGGUUUGGGCUCAUUGAUACAGAAGAGUGGAAAUUAAAUAAACAAUAUAUUGAACUUUAAAACUAUUUUUUGGGUUGUAGCUCAGCAUUCAUUUUCUACUUUUGCUAUAAAAAGGGAUAUUAAUUUUGUGGCUUUACUUCCUUUGUUACUGUUUUAGCUGAUGACUGCGCUAUUUUUUUCCUCUAGCACAAUGUGGUAAAGCCUGCAGAAAGAACUGCAGCAGAGCAGGCCAAAUAAGGUCUCAAAGCGACAGGCUUCCACAGUGAUUAUUACAAGUAUCAGCAAGAAAUAUUUAGAAUAUAGUGACUGCUUUUUAAUCUCCAAAAUGCUAUUAAUAAGCAGCGUGUGAAUCUGCACACCAAAUCUAAUUGCCACUGGAAGAGAAUGCUCUCCUGUUACACUCUUUUUGCUCUCAGAUUAUUAUUUUUUUUCAAACUGCAGUUAAUUUCUUCUGUAAUUCUAAGCAAAGGGAAGAGACAAAAUACUGAUCAGGUCUGCGUGUGUGAAACUGUUUAUGUAAGGUGAACAAUGAAAAUUUUGAAAAAACAGAACAAAGGAAACCAUUAGAAUGUCAGACAAUAUUUCAUAUGUAAGGUCACUUUUCCUUGAAUAUUUAGGAAAAGGUGAAAGAGCGUGCGGUGAUCCCACCCCAGCUGUGACUUGGGAAGGAGUUGGAGAGGACAGUACUGAUAAGUACAGAAACUACCUAACAUCACUUCAGGGAGCUUGCUGUCACUUUGAUUUAUUUAUUAGCAACGCUGCUGUUACUUUUAACAUGAAUGAUUUGCUCUGUGUACCUUCCAGAUGCUAUUUAGGAGGGUCUAAUAUACUUCUAGAAUAGAGACAGUGACACUGUCCAGUCACCUUGCUACAGGGGAAAGAGUUAAGCUGCACACCUUAAGAAAACAGUGAGUGCAAUUUUCCCCUGGCAGCAUUUGGGCAACAGGGGAUAAACAAAUGAAGCAGGCAGUGCUUUUCUGGAAGAGCAGGUCCAAAGGGGAAGAGCUGGCUGCAGAUCUGGUUACUGUGUCUCCUCCUCUAGGGAAAUAAAAAUGCAGACCAGGUCUGAGACCUGCCUUGUCUUAAGCUAAGGGUGUGUUUAUCUCGUGGGGAAAAAGGAUUUGCACCCCACACUCAUAUCAGGGGGCUGAGGCAGAGAGCCCCACGUCCUGCCACAGUCCUCCUGCAUAAUCUUUACUUAAAUUGCAGAGGUGGGUGUGGUUUUUCUUCAUCCAAUAAAGCUACAGCAAGAUUAAAAUAUGCUUUUGGUUUUCCCCAAACAGGCCUGAUUAACCUCCAGGUCGGUGCCAGGAGAUGAGAAUUACUGCUACUUUUUAGGUCUGCUCCAUUCUUUUGUGUUAAAAUUGUAGAAAAAUGAAAGCAGCAAAAGGAUCUGAAUAAACAAAUUUUACUCUGAACUGUAUUAUUUGAGAAGAAAAACCAAAUUGUGAUGUAAGAACUGACUAUUACUAAGCUACUGAAAUAUCUUGAAAGGCAGUAAGUAGCUGCACAUCCCCCAGCAGCAGACACCUAAAAUCCAUCGAGGUGCAAGCAGUGAAUCUGUCUGCACCUCCUGCUGUUCCUGGGGUAGUCAGCAGGAAGGCUGCUGCUCAGUUGCUUUACAGGAUUAGUAGAGCAGAUGUUUAUAUUUCAAGCACCCAAAGCCAGUACUAGGAUAAGUGUAAAAAUACUUCGUCAGUGUCUUGAGCAUUUCUGCAAAAUAAUUUAUGAAAGCUUUUUUUUUUUUUCAAUAAUGAACUUAACUUUCUUUUUAUAUUUAAUUUUUGAAUAUAUUUUUUCACAAAACUGGAUUUGCUGUAGUUAAUUGUUGUGAUCCUGA